UUUCUGUCUUAACCGACUUAGGUCAACCAAUCUACAUAUAAAACAUCACAUAGGCAGUUGGUUGCCUCCUCCUUCACCUCUGCCGCCUAGCAAGCUUCGAGGGUUUACACGUUGCACUUGAAACAUCUAGCAAGCCAAGCGAAAAUGGUUCUCCAAAACGAUAUCGAUUUGUUGAAUCCUCCAGCAGAACUUGAGAAGAAGAAGCACAAGCUCAAGCGUCUCGUUCAGUCCCCCAAUUCUUUCUUCAUGGAUGUCAAAUGCCAAGGCUGCUUCAACAUAACAACUGUGUUUAGCCACUCUCAAACUGUGGUGGUAUGUGGUAACUGUCAGACUGUCCUUUGCCAGCCGACUGGAGGUCGAGCUAGACUCACUGAGGGAUGCUCUUUCAGGAAGAAGGGUGACUGAUUUGCUACACAGUUGCUUUGAAUAUGGGUUCUUUUUUUUUUAUCUUUGAGAUAUUGGUCUGAAUUUCAUCUUUUUUUUUUCUUUUUUUUUUGUCUUUGUGCUUCAAGAUGAGUUGGUUUUUCUUGUAAGUUUAAGGAUUUGAUGCUAAGCUUGUUACUUAAUGGUUUUGAUCAAGUAUGGAUGUUAUUACAAUUAA